AGGAAGCCCUAUCAUGGAGGUGUGUUUGGCAAGCGUGUUAGUGGUGCCAACUUGACCAAGGUUGUGGCGGCGGCAGUACACGGCACCUCCCGCUCUCAGAGUAUUCAUCAACGACAGGGCCCCGGAGAAAAAGUCUCUCAAUAACCAAAAAAAUGAGAGGAGAAAAGAGGAAGAGGAAGAGAGCGGGAGAAGACAGGAGGAGGAGGAGAGGGCAGGUGAGCGUCGUUCCACCUGGUCUGAACGGCGCCACCCUCUGACCCCUGACUCCAGAUGUCUCCACACAACAUCGACCCUUACCACUCCUAUCAGAUCUCCCGCCGCACCCCGACCCUCACUGCGGUGCCGCGGGGACAACACGGCGCCCACAAAGUCUUGCAUCACACGCGGUUUAUGGAAUUGAGUCAUGAUACAUUGGUUCUCUUUUGCGUCCCAGUAAGAGUAGUGGGAGUGCAAUGUGGUGCGUGAGUGAAGUUAAGUGGAGUGAGUGUAAGGUUUCGGCGCGGCUGGAGUGCCUCGCUGCUUGCCCCAUGGUGCAGCACACAAUACCCGGCAACAGGUGGAGUCUGGCCUGCUGCUCGCCACACAGCGCCACCACCAACACUUCGUCGCAACACCCUCGCCUGCACCAUUGUCUUAAUGCCGAUAGUGCCCGAGUGUCAGUUUUUUUUUUAACUCUUCUGCAUGUUUACAACUAAGCUAGACACGAAUAUCCCUGAUCGAUUUAUGAGGAAAAAGGAAGGAAGUUUGGUGAAGUGGACUCCGUGAGGGUAUCAUGGCCAACCCAGCAAGAUGCCCGUCUCUUCCUCCUCAGAGCGUGGCCAGUGCUCGCGGUGAUCAGGCGGUGCCGUGGUGGUGCAGGUACACAGCCCUAACACUCCCCUCCCUGCACGCCCCGCACGCCUCCCCGUCCUCUUCCUUCCUCCAAUGUAAACAGUGGCGCUAGGGGAAAGCUAACAGGAAGUGGCCCUGCUCGCUAUGACUCGCGUUAAGCCUCACACCUCAUGAGGCUUGUCCCGAGGCAGAGGCAGCUUCACUGAUAGCGUGUUGGCGCGGCCUGUGAUAAGAGUGAAGAGUGACGCGCUGACCUGGCACCUUCACACGUCCACGUACUCGAACGGAAAGCCACAGGAUCGUUACUUCAGGAGCGUGCAGAUCUCCCACAGGGUUUAGUCGCUGCGGCCCGAGGGUCAGCUGGGCGUCCCAAGUGACCAUUAGAGGCUUACUUGCAAGCCGUUAUCUCCAUCUCCACUGCCAUCUCCAGUAGUCCCUUCAAGAUGUGUAGGAACCAGCAGCGGUCUCAGGCAAGAGGAGGCGAGGAAGUCCAAGGCGAAGAAAAGACCCCACCACCACCACCACCACCACCUGCAUCAGGACACUCGUCUCUACUACAACAACAACAAAGACGACGUCUGUACCAGCAUCGACACCCGCAACACCAACAGCACCACACCAAGCUACGAGUGGUGGUGUUAGGAGCCCCGAGCGUCGGUAAAUCAGCACUGACGGUUCGUUACCUCACGCGGCGGUACAUCAGCGAGUACCGGCGAGCAGUGAACCUCCUGUAUCGCCACACCAUUUGCCUCGACGAUGUCACCUCACAUGUGGAGAUUCUGGACGUGUCGCAGAGAGGGAAGGAGCGCAUCUUGACCUCCCACGCACGCUGGGGAGAAGGCUUCGUCGUGGUGUACUCUGUGGACGACGCCUCGACCUUCGUGGAGGCGCGGGUCAUCCUGGACGCCCUGCAGAGAGCCAAGGCGCCCCUGUACGUGCCCGCCGUGCUGCUGGCCAACAAACGGGACCUGGACGCCGGACGACAGGUGUCAGUGGAGGAAGGCCAAGCACUCUCCUUACAACACGGGUGUCAGUUUCACGAGGUGAGCGCCGCCGAGAGUCACGUGGGCAUCACCAUCGCCUUCCAGUCCUUGCUCAGGGAGACUCGUUCACUCCGGCAGGCGCGCGCACUCCCCCGGCAGCGUCGACUCUCCAUCGUGGCUGUGUCCAGGAUGAUCGGCUCUCUGAUUGGCCGAGGCUGGGACCCCCCCUCGCCCCCCUUGCGUCCUACCCUGGUAGUGCCACAGCCUCAGGAGAAGAGAAUACUGAGGAGGAAGGACAAGAACAGAUCCUCCAAUAGCUUGUAGGAUUCUCUCUCUCUCUCUCUCUCUCUCUCUCUCUCUCUCUCUCUCUCUCUCUCUCUCUCUCUCUCUCUCUCUCUCUCUCUCUCUCUCUCUCUCUCUCUCUUUCUUUCUUUCUUUCUUUCUUUCUUUCCCUUUCUCUGGGUUAAUUAAAGGACCAAGAAAGAAGGAAGAAAAGGAAGAAGAGGAGGAGGAGGAGGAGGAAGAGGUAGAGGAGGUUACGUUCGAAAACAAAGAAUCUAAUUGACUGUAAUGUUGAAGAUUAAGUGUGUGUGUGUGUGUGUGUGUGUGUGUGUGUGUGUGUGUGUGUGUGUGUGUGUGUGUGUGUGUGUGUGUGUGUGUGUGUGUGUGUGUGUGCGCGCGCGCGCGGUAAUAUUAAUUAAAUAAGAAACGGGGGUAAAAGUAGGACUUCAUCAUUUUUGUUAUUUAUUUUGUUCCUGAUUUCUUCUUUUCUUUUUUAUUUCCAUCGUCCCAUAUUUAUAUACUUGUUCUUUACCGUCCUGUCCUCCUCUUCCUCCUCCUCCUCCUCCUCCUCCUCUACUUUCCAUACAAAUACACUUGAGAUUAGAGAGGGACAUGUGUAGGAAUCCCAUAUAUAGUUCAAGAAAAGGAGUGUAUUAUUUUUCUAUAUAUGAUUAAUGUUAUUCCCAAUAAAGAGUUUUUGACCA